AUGGGGAAUGCCCAACAGAGGGAACCUCGACUGCAGUCAUCGUCGCAGGUAAACAGUCAGGUGACUGUUUUGACAUCGCGAGUUGCCGAGCUUGAGGGUCAUAUGUACGAAGUCUACCCUUUCUACCAACAGAACUCCACGUCAGCACCUCAGCCUUCACCGGGGGCUCUACCUCCUCCUCUGCCGCCUAAAGGAAAAAGCAAAAUCCCUACAAUUGUUGCCAUUGUUGUCCCAAUUGCCGUCUCUAUGCUACUUUUUGUUGUGGGCUGCUGUUUCAUUACUAGGAGAGCAAGAAAGAAGCGCAGUGCAGCAGCAGAGGCACCAAGCGGUGAGAAUGACAUUAGUACUAUAGAGUCUUUGCAAUUUGAUUUUAGUACCAUUGUAGCGGCCACGAACAAUUUCUCUGAUGAUAAUAAGUUAGGGGAAGGUGGAUUUGGUCAAGUUUACAAGGGUAUACUUUCAAAUGGUCAAGAAGUAGCUGUGAAGAGGCUUUCAAAGAACUCUGGCCAAGGUGCAGAGGAAUUUAAGAACGAGAUGGUAUUGGUAGCCAAGCUUCAACACAGAAAUCUGGUCAGGCUAUAUGGAUUUUGCUUGGAAGGAGAAGAAAAGAUACUUGUUUAUGAAUAUGUCUCCAACAAAAGCCUUGACUACUUUCUAUUUGACCCUGAGAAACAAGGACAAUUGGAUUGGGCAAGACGUUACAAGAUUAUCGCAGGGAUUGCUCGAGGAAUAAUGUAUCUACAUGAAGAUUCCCGACUUAGAAUUAUACAUCGUGAUCUCAAGGCCAGCAAUAUAUUGUUAGAUGGGGAGAUGCAUCCAAAAAUAUCUGAUUUUGGCAUGGCCAGGAUUUUUGGGGUUGAUCAAACUCAAGCAAACACAAGUAGAAUUGUUGGAACAUAUGGCUAUAUGUCUCCAGAGUAUGCAAUGCAUGGACAAUUUUCUGUCAAGUCCGAUCUAUAUAGUUUUGGUGUUUUACUGCUAGAAAUCAUAAGCGGCAAGAAGAAUAGUUAUUUCUUUCAAACUGAUGCAGCUGAAGACCUCGUGAGCCAUGCUUGGAAACUAUGGAGGGAUGGGACGCCUUUGGAAUUGUUGGAUCCGAGUAUGAGAGAUUCUUAUUCCAGGAGUGAAGUUAUAAGGUGUAUCCAUAUUGGCUUACUUUGUGUUCAGGAAGAUCCAGCGGACAGACCUACAAUGCAAUCCGUAGUUCUCAUGCUUAAUAGCUACUCUGUGACUCUGCCAUUACCUGAACAGCCAGCAUUUUUCCUUCGAAGUCGAACGGAGGGGAACAUGCCAAAGAUAACUUUGGAGUCUGAUCUAUCUGUAAGUAAGUCAACUCCAUCCGUUGAUGAAGCAUCUAUCACUGCAGUAUACCCUCGAUAGCGCGAUAGCGUGAAUGAACAAGAUGUUAUAUCUUGUAUUAUCUGUUUAUACGUACAAUGUGUGGGCCUGUAGCCUCGCUUGGUUGUAUAAAACCGUACUCUUGUAUUAUUGCAGACUAAAAGUCUCAAAACCCUCUGUAGGUGUAAAUAUUGAAAAACUGACGAAAAAGAAAAAGAAAGAAUGCGGUU